GAGAACUGAUUGGCACCACCGUACGUGGAUAGAGACCUAAGUUUAGUCUAAACCCUCACCAAGAAUCGGCCGCCCUGGGCUAUUAGCAGCGCGCCAUGGCAACAGGCGACGGCUACGGCGACGGCGAGAGCGGCCGCAGCAAGAGACGCCGAGGAGCCGGCGACUGCACGUGCGACGACGACAUAGAGAGCGGCCGCAACAAGAGAUGCCAAGUUGCCGCUGGCUCUACGGGUCACGACAGCGAGAGCGGAAAUUCCAUAGACCGCGGCAGCGACGCUUAUGGAGGGCAUGCUGAGGAAGCAGACAACGACGGCUACUACACCGGCGACGGUUUGUACGACGACACCGACGAUGAUGAAGGAGGGUAUGAUGAGGCACCGAAGGCCGUGGCCACUUCGGAGCCCGCGCCCGCCGGGAAAAGGUACAUCGUUCUGACCGAAGACGACGUCCGCGAACGGCAAGAAGGGGACACGGCCAAGGUCGCCGAGGUCCUGUCGAUCCCGUCGGGCUUCGCGGCCGUCCUGCUGCGGCACUUCAAGUGGAGGGUCGUGCGGGUCCUGGAGGAGUGGUUCUCCGACGACCGGCGCGUCCGCGAGGCCGUCGGCCUGCGGGCAUACGGUGUCCCCGUGCCCAUGGCGGUGAAUCCCCGGCAGCUCGACUGCGCCAUAUGUUUCGGCCGUUUCUCCGCCGGCGGUAUGCGAUCGGCAGGGUGCGCGCACUACUACUGUGACGAUUGCUGGCGCGGGUACAUCCACGCAGCGGUUGGCGACGGCGCGCGGUGCCUGGCCCUGCGGUGCCCGGACCUGUCCUGCUCGGCGGCCGUCGUCCGGGAGCUCAUCGACGAGGCGGCCGAGGACGCCGACAAGACCCUGUACGCGCAGUUCACGCUUCGGUCCUACGUGGAGGAGAGCGGCGGCAGGUUCAAGUGGUGCCCCGGCCCCGAUUGCAGCCUCGCCGCGGAGUUUCUCGGCUGCGCCAGCGAGGACGACGCGACGGAUGUGCUCUGCGAGUGCAAGCACUGCUUCUGCUGGAGCUGCGGUGAGGAGUCGCACCGGCCGGUGUCGUGCGACACGGUGCGCGCGUGGCUGGCCAAGAACAACUCCGACUCGGCAACAGCGAGCUGGGUGCUGGCCAACACGAAGCGCUGCCCCAAGUGCCGGCGGCCGAUCGAGAAGAACCAGGGGUGCAUGCGCAUGACGUGCAGCUUCCCAUGCGGCCACCAGUUCUGCUGGCUCUGCCUCGAUCCGUGGAAUCACCACACCGGCUGCGACGGCUUCCGGAUUCAGCAGGACGAGCUCGGCAAGAAGCUCGCCCUCACCUUGGAGGAGGAGCGGCGGCGGCAGGCCAAGGCGUCGCUCGACAGGUACCUGUACCACUACGAGCGCUGGUCGGCCAACCAAACGUCACGGCGGAAGGUGUUCAAGGACUUGGCCGAGCUGGAGAGCUCCGAGCUCGAGAAGAUGGCUGCCACGGUGGACCUUCCGGUGGGUAACUUCGACUUCCUGACCAAGGCGUACCGGCAGAUCGCCGACGGCCGGCGGGUACUGCAGUGGGCGUACGCGUACGGGUACUACCUGGACCCGGAGCGCGACGCGGCCAAGCGCGCCCUGUUCGAGGACCUGCAGGACCAGGCAAACUCGUGGCUGGAGCGCCUGCACGGCUGCGCCGAGCUGGAGAGGAAGGAGAUCUUCUGUGCCCAGGGCAAGGCCGCCGUCGUCUCCGAGCUGUUGAGGUACUACAAGAAAAAGGUGAUUGACCUCACCGCGGCGACGCGAACCUUCUUGGGGAACCUUGUGAAAGCGUUCGAGAUCGAUCUGCCUGAGUUCAAGUCAUUGAACUAGCUAAAGGAUGGAUGGAUGGUUCCUUCAUCAGAGUCCCGCUUCAAGACUAUGACUAUGCAAGUUAGUUAGAAUACCACUGGAAUUUGGGCCAUCUUCAUUUGGGGAAAUCAGCUUUUGGUUACAGCGAAUGAUCACAAGUCUGGUUGUAUAAGGUUGAACUUCAUCAGUACACUAUGUUAGUAUACUAUUGAAUGAUGAUGACUUUGCCAUGCUGCCGCUUGUUAGCAUACUUCAUCAGUAAUGUUAUGGAAAUGUGUCAAUUUUAACAGCUUUUCUACCUUGUAGCCGAUUGAAUCAAUUUUCAAAAUUUCUUUCUCGUUUCCGGUCCCCAUCAGAGGGAUGUUCGGGCAGUAGGCAGUUGGCAGGGUCAGGGCCAGGGGAGCGAAAUUGACGGCUGGACGCCG